AUGGUUUCUGAGACAGUCCAGAGCCAAUCCAAGAACGUGUGUGUGAUUGGAGCUGGACCAUCAGGGCUAGUGGCAGCCAGGGAGUUGAGAAAAGAGGGUCACAUGGUGGUUGUGUUGGAGCAGAAUCAUGAUGUUGGAGGGCAGUGGCUUUAUGAGGCAAAUAUGGAAGGGGAGGACCCUUUAGGGAGAAAACCUUUUCUAAAGGUGCAUAGCAGUAUCUAUGAAUCCUUGAGGCUCACAUCUCCACGUGAGAUCAUGGGGUUCUCUGAUUUUCCGUUUUUGGUCAAGAAGGGUAGAGACACUAGGAGGUUCCCUAGUCAUUCAGAGCUUCUUCUGUACUUAAAGGAUUUUUGCGAAUAUUUUGGCUUGAGAGAGAUGAUAAGGUUCAAUACAUUGGUGGAUCAUGUGGGAAUGUUGGAUUAUGGUGUCUGUAGUAAUGAUUUGAAGUGGAUUGUGAGAAGCAUAGAUAAGAAGAGUGAGAAGGUGGUGGAAGAGGUGUUCGAUGCAGUUGUGGUGGCCACUGGUCAUUACUCUCAACCAAGAUUGCCUUCCAUUCAAGGAAUGGAUACAUGGAAAAGGAAACAAAUCCAUAGUCACAUUUACAGGACCCCAGAACAAUUCCGUAAUGAGAUUGUGGUGGUGGUUGGAAAUUCCUUGAGUGGGCAAGACAUAUCAAUAGAACUUGUGGAAGUUGCAAAGGAAGUCCACAUGAGUUCCAGAUCUCUGAACAUCUCUGAGGGUUUAUCUAAAGUCAUAUCCAAACAUGCAAACUUCCAUCUUCAUCCACAGAUAGAGACCCUUCAAGAAGAUGGAAUAGUUACAUUCGUUGAUGGUUCUUCCAUUCUUGCAGACUCUAUUUUGUACUGCACAGGGUACUCCUAUGCAUUUCCCUUUCUUGACACCAAAGGAAUGGUUGUUGUGGAUGAUGACAGAGUGGGGCCAUUGUAUGAGCACACUUUUCCCCCCUCACUUGCUCCAUCCCUUUCUUUUAUAGGCAUCCCUAGAAAGAUCAUAGGAUUCCCUUUCUUUGAGUCUCAAGCAAUAUGGAUAGCUCAACUGCUUUCUGGGAAAAGAGUAUUGCCAUCAUGGGAGGAAAUGAUGAAAUCCAUCAAGGAGUUCUACCAUUCAAGAGAAGCAGCAGGCAUCCCCAAGCACUGUACUCAUGAAAUUGCAAACUUUGAGUAUUGUGACAAAUAUGGUGACAAUGUGGGGUUCCCACAUACAGAAGAAUGGAGGAAAAAACUGUGCAUAUCAGCCAUAAUUAAUGCUGAUGUGAACUUGGAGACAUAUAGAGAUUUGUGGGAUGAUCAUGACCUACUCCAAGAGGCCCUUCAAAGUCCUCACUUCACUCAGCUUGGACUUGAAGAUUCUCCCCUGUAA